UUUAAUAAAUGUUGGAUCUUCAAUCCCACAAAAGAAGUGAAAUAAAGCUACUAGCAUUAGUUUACUGAGCAUAUUUGCCUUUUCUCUAUAGCUACAUACAAACUCCAUUUUUGACCGCCAUAAAUGGUGGGCUUAACUCCAAAUCAUUACUGCUUCUCCUUUCUUGGGCACUAAAGCUAGGGUUCUUCAAUUAGCGUAUCCCACUUUUUACACAUUUAUCUAACAACUCCUUUUCCCUUAAUCUUAUUUUUAUUUGCUCUUGUUCAAGAUUUUUCCUUUUUUGACUUGCAUUCUUGAAAAGCUAUUACUUCUGAUAUACCUUGAUUGAUUUAUAUUUUUGCUUUCUUGAAUUGCUCAAAAGUUCAAAUCUUUAAGCUCAAUCUUGUUCCAUUUGAUUGUUUGGCUCCAAAGUUCAAAUCUUUAAGCUCAAUCUUGCUCCAUUUGAUUGUUUUGCUUGUGAAGUUUAUGUUUUUUGAGCUUAUUGCAUGUGGGUUAUUUGUGUAGUGGGGUUUGUGAGAAUUUGAAUGAGGAAAAAGGGUGUCCAGUGUGAUGAGAUAUGAGGGUUAAGAUUGUAGGAAAAUGGGUUGUGUAUUUGGGAAAGAGAUUUCAUCUUCUGAGACACCUAAUGGGGAGGUUGUAGUUGGAAGUAGGAGAGAAAAUGGGGUAGAUAGAGAUUUGGCUGUCCCAUCUGGGAGGAGAGAGAAAGUUGGUACUGUAAAUAAAGUGGAUGCCGUAGGCGGCGGAGGAGGAGGUAAUGAUGUUGGUGAAGUUGUGAAUGGUAGGGAUCAGAAGGAUGAGAAGAAGGGUGAUAAUGCAAGGCAUAGGGGUGAGAGGAGAAGGUCUAAGCCUAAUCCGAGGCUAAGCAACCCACCUAAGAAUGUGCACGGCGAGCAAGUGGCGGCUGGAUGGCCGUCAUGGCUUUCUGAUGUAGCUGGAGAGGCUAUCAAUGGUUGGAUUCCGCGGAGGGCGGAUGCAUUUGAGAAGCUAGCUAAGAUUGGGCAAGGUACUUAUAGCAAUGUCUAUAAAGCUAGAGAUAAUCUAACGGGGAACAUCGUUGCACUGAAGAAGGUUAGAUUUGAUAAUUUGGAGCCAGAGAGUGUGAAAUUUAUGGCAAGAGAGAUCUUGAUUUUGCGCCGCUUGGAUCAUCCAAAUGUUAUUACGUUGCAAGGAUUGGUUACGUCAAGGAUGUCUUGUAGUUUGUACCUCGUGUUUGAUUAUAUGGAUCAUGAUUUAGCUGGACUUGCUGCAAGCCCUGGAAUCAAGUUCACCGAGGCUCAGGUUAAAUGUUACAUGCAUCAACUAUUAGCAGGGCUUGAACACUGUCAUAACCGUCUUGUGUUGCAUCGCGAUAUAAAAGGAUCAAAUCUUCUUAUUGACAGUGGGGGAGCACUCAAGAUUGCUGAUUUUGGGUUGGCAUCUUUCUUCGAUCCCAAUAAAAAGCAGCCCAUGACUAGUCGUGUGGUUACUCUAUGGUACAGACCACCAGAGCUUCUACUUGGAGCCACCGACUAUGGUGUUGGUGUUGAUCUUUGGAGUGCUGGUUGUAUUUUAGCUGAGCUAUUAGCUGGGAAACCCAUUAUGCCUGGUCGUACAGAGGUUGAACAGCUCCACAAGAUCUUCAAGCUAUGCGGAUCUCCGUCAGAAGAAUAUUGGAAAAAGUCAAGGCUUCCACAUGCAACUAUAUUCAAGCCUCAGCAAUCAUACAGAAGAUGUAUAGCAGAAACUUUUAAAGAUUUUCCGCCUUCAUCGUUGCCAUUGAUUGAGACUCUUUUGGCCAUUGAUCCUGCUGAGCGUCAGACAGCUACAGCUGCAUUACAGAGUGCAUUCUUUACUACCAAACCUUACGCCUGUGAACAUUCCAGCCUUCCCAAAUAUCCACCCAGCAAAGAAAUGGAUGCUAAACGGCGAGACGAAGAAUCUCGAAGACAAAGAGCUGCUGGGAAAGCCAAUGCUGAUGGUGUAAGGAGAAAUCGUCACCGUGAUCGAGCAGUGAGGGGAAUCCCUGCUCCUGAAGCCAACGCGGAGCUGCAAGUCAAUAUUGAUAGGCGGCGUCUAGUAACACAAGCAAACGCAAAGAGCAAGAGUGAAAAGUUUCCUCCCCCACACCAGGAUGGAACAUUAGGUUAUACCUUGGGUUCUUCACAUCACAUUGAUCCAGCCUAUGAACCCUCAGAAGUCCCAUUCACAUCCAUGAAUUUCUCGUAUUCAAAAGAACCGAUCCAAACGUGGUCUGGCCCAUUGGUGGAACCUGCCACUGGUGCUCCAAGAAGAAAGACAAAGCCAUCAAAGAAGGAUUCUAACAAGAAAGGAAAAGAAAGCUUGUAAAGUCUAAUGAAUGAUGUGAUAUUCUACAAUUGGUAUACUUCAAGGAGCUGCAAAACUUACAGAUUAUUUGUCCUAUACGUAAAUCAAGAAGCUUCUCAACAGCAUAGAGAGGUAAAAAAGCAUUUUUAUCGUAGUAUUUCUCCUUUGUAUUCUUUUGGAUGAUGAGAAACUUUUCAUUAUUGUACAUGUAAAUUUUGUUUCUUCAUAUUAGCAGACUGUUUAGAUCAAUGAAAAAUCCUAAUAAACAAUCUCAGAAAUGUUGUAUCCUUUUA